AUGUGGAGCAGGAACUUCAGACUGAUCAGGCCAUGGGCCAGGUCGUAUAUGGCUCCCGUGACCAAGAGAAAAACCAUCCCCGUGUACCCACCUGUGCAACACAUAGCUUCUUCACAGAUUAUGAAACAAGUGGCCCUGUCAGAGAUAGAGUCGCUAGAUCCCGGGGCCGUCAGAAGGAAGCUCAUCAGUAAAAAGAACAAGGACCGUCUAAAGGCCGGCGACGUGGUGCGCAUCGUGUACGACUCGUCCAAGUGUUCGUACGAUGCCCUUGUUGGCUACAUACUUUCGGUAGACCGCAAGCAACUGGUGCAGGAUGCCUCGCUGCUGUUGCGGAAUCAAGUGGCCAAGACAGCUAUAGAGGUGAGAGUGCCGCUGUUUUCUCCCCUGAUUGAGAGAAUUGACUUGCUAACCCCCCAUGUGUCCAACAGACAAAGAAACAAGCAUUACUAUAUCAGAGGUACAAAGCUGGACGUUGGCGAUCUCGAGGCGGGUCUCAGAAGAAAGAAAUAA